AUGACAGAACAAAGAAUCCACACAGGAGAGACGCCCUACACAUGCUCUGAGUGCGGGAAAAGCUUCAGUCGGCGCUCAAACCUUAUCACACAUCAGAUAAUCCACACAGGAGAGACACCGUACACGUGCUCUGUGUGCGGGAAAAGCUUCAGCCAGCGCUCAAACCUUAUCACACAUCAGAGAAUCCACGCAGGGGAGAAGCCCUACACAUGCUCUGAGUGUGGGAAAAGCUUCAGGGGACACUCAGCCCUUUCUGUACAUCAGACAAUCCACACAGGGGACAGGCCCUAUGAAUGCACUGAGUGUGGGAAAACCUUCAAUCGCAGUUCGCACUUUAUUAGUCAUCAAACAAUCCACAGAGGAGAGAGGCCCUUUGAAUGCCGUGAGUGUGGGAAAUGCUUCACUAGCAGAUCAGACCUUUCUCAACAUCAGAGAAUCCACACAGGGGAAAGGCCCUAUGAAUGCCAUGAGUGUGGGAAAUGCUUCACUAGCAGCUCAAACCUUUCUCAACAUCAGAGAAUCCACACAGGGGAGAGGCCCUUUGAAUGCAGUGAGUGUGGGAAAAGCUUCACUAGCAGCUCAGACCUUUCUAAACAUCAGAGAAUCCACACAGGGGAAAGGCCCUAUGAAUGCCGUGAGUGUAGGAAAACCUUCAAUCGCAUUUCACACCUUAUUAGGCAUCAAACAAUCCACAGAGGAGAGAGGCCCUAUGAAUGCCGUGAGUGUCGGAAAUGCUUCACUAGCAGCUCGGCCCUUUCUGUUCAUCAGAGAAUCCACACAGGGGAAAGGCCCUUUGAAUGCCGUGAGUGUGGGAAACGCUUCACUAGCAGCUCAAACCUUUCUCAACAUCAGAGAAUCCACACAGGGGAGAGACCCUUUGAAUGCAGUGAGUGUGGGAAACUCUUCACUAGCAGCUCAAACCUUUCUCAACAUCAGAGAAUCCACACAGGGGAGAGGCCCUUUGAAUGCAGUGAGUGUGGGAAAUGCUUCACUAGCAGCUCAAACCUUUCUCAACAUCAGAGAAUCCACACGGGGGAGAGGCCCUUUGAAUGCCAUGAGUGUGGGAAAAGCUUCACUCAAAGAUCAGUCCUUUCUAGACAUCAGAGAAUCCACACAGGGGAGAGCCCCUAUGAAUGCACUGAGUGCGGGAAAACCUUCAAUCGCAGUUCGCACCUUAUUAGGCAUCAGAGAAUCCACACAGGGGACAGGCCCUAUGAAUGCAGUGAGUGCGGGAAAACCUUCAAUCGCAGUUCGCACCUUAUUAGGCAUCAAACAAUCCACAGAGGAGAGAGGCCCUACGAAUGCCGUGAGUGCAGGAAAAGCUUCACUAGCAGCUCAAACCUUUCUCAACAUCAGAGAAUCCACACAGGGGAAAGGCCCUUUGAAUGCACUGAGUGCGGGAAAACCUUCAAUCGCAGUUCGCACCUUAUUAGGCAUCAAACAAUCCACGGA